AAGAACCAGCAAAACAAAACCUCCUCUGUGUGUGGCAAGCUGUCAGAGCUGCUGGAGGUAGCUGUUUUUUUUUCGAAGAAGUGCUGGAAAAACUGUUCUUUUUCUGUCUCUGUGUUCCCUGUGAGCAGUGAUUAUUCGUGCGUGCGUAGUCGUCUAGUUCCGUGUUGUUGGAUUGCUGGAUUUCCAACAGGUCUUGGAAAUCUGGAACAUCCGGAAACGAUCCAUAGUAGUGCGCACUAGGAAAAAAAAGGUCACCUCCCCCCUUCCGGGAGAGCGAAGGGUACGUGGGAGGUCCCCAGGUUGGAGUUCGCGGGGAACUCACUAACUCGGCAGUACAUCCGGGAUGGGCAAAUAUACUCGCAGUUCCGGCGAUAACAAUCCGCGCGGACUGGAAACGGUCAGCAACGAUCUGCUGCAAGAGUGCAAAGUCUGCACCGAGCAUAGCCGACUGUCGAAGGGUCUCCGGGAGCGACUGGAAGGCCUGCCUCGCCAGAUUCGCAAGGAGAUCGUCAAGCGGACACGGGAUGGCUGUUCCGCGCUGUUUAUCGCCUGUCGUCGUGGGAAUGUCGAGAUUACCGAGUACCUGAUCACGGUAUGCGAUGCCAACAGCGAGCAGAAGGGUCUUUACGAGGUGUCCGAAGAUCGCUCCGUUCACUGCGUUACUCCGCUGUGGUGCGCCUGCGUCUCGGGGAAGCUUAGCGUUGUCAAAAGUCUCGUACGGUUGGGCUCAAACAUAAACGCGCUAAGUGAUACCGGAUCGACGCCACUGCGAAGCGCCUGCUUCAUGACACACAUCGAUAUAGUUCAAUAUUUGGUGGAGAAUGGUGCCGACAUCCGGAAGCCGAACUACAAUGGCGGAACUUGCCUUAUCAACUCGGUUCAAUCGGUACAGCUGUGCAGCUAUCUCAUUAGCAAGGGCGCUGACGUGAACGCCAGGGACAUCCAGGACAAAACGGCACUACAUUACGCGAUUCAGGAGCAUCGCCUGGAGACGGCUCAACUCCUGCUGGAACAUGGAGCUGACCCGUUUGCCAAAAGCCGAUACGGAGAUGACGCCUUGCAGACUGCUUGCCUCAAGGGAGCCCACCAGAUCUUUGAUUACUUGAAGAACAGGAUCAACUAUUCGUCGGAACGGCUUGCGGAUGCUCAUGAACUGAUUGGGUCAACCUUCAUCGAUGACCACAACGAGACACGGGUUGCGAUUCUACAUUGGCGGUUGGCUCACCACAUCCGGCUACGAGACACAACCUACAUCCAAAAACGUCCGGAAGUGGCUCCACGACCUGCGUACGGCAACUGCGUUGAGUUUUCAACCAUUGCCGAGCUGGACAACAUUGCCGCAGAUGUCGACGCCAUGCGGAUCCAGAGCCUACUAAUCUACGAGCGCAUCCUCGGAAUCGACCACAAAGACACUCUCUUCCGGUUAAUGUUCCGGGGUGCUUCGUACGCCGACUCGUUGCGCUUCCAACGCUGUAUCGAUCUAUGGCUGCUUGCCCUGCAAGUUCGUGUCCAGAAGUACUCCAUUCUGUACUCGGACACCUGCCUGACAGCACAAGCCAUCGUUCGACUCAUGCUGGACCUGCUCGACAAGUACGUGGACGUAAUGUCCAACGAGUUUGUCGAGCAGGGCAUGCCCCGCUUCGAGGACGUCUACACCGUAUUCCAGGUGUUGACCGCCAACAUCAACGAGGCUCGCCAGCUGCUCAACAUCCGGCCGGUCCACCGGAAGCAGCAGGAAAACUUUGACCGCAUCCUCAAAUGCCUAACGCACCUGAUGUAUCUGCUGCUGUCCACCGCCAAGACGGACGAGGAGCGCGAGCUCGUCAACGCUGCCGUGCGCACCCUCGUGCGGAACAACAUCCGCAGCGCCAUCACCAACGACACGCUGCUCCAUCUGUCGGUGUCGCGGCUGAACGUCAUCAAGAGCGGCUACUUCACCGACGACAGCAGAUCGAACUCGUUGAUCUUCCCCAACCUGAACGUGGUCAAGCUGCUGCUGGAGGCCGGUGCCCACGUGAACGCCAAAAACGAGAGCAAAUCGACGCCGCUGCUGGUCGCGUCGAUGCCGUACAACUACGAGCGAGAGCUCGUCUACACGCUGCUCGAGUACGGCGCCCACCUGGACCAGCCGAACCGCAGCGACGACCGGCCCGUCUCGCUGCUCGGCAUCAACCCCGUCAACGACAUCCCGCUCGUCAACUACAUCACGCUCAAGUGUCUCUGCUCGACGGUGAUCACCAAGUUUGGCAUCCCGUACCGGAACCAGAUCCCGCGCACCCUCGAGGACUUUGUCCGGUGGCACGAACCGUAAAGGGCUGACGUGGUCGGCGGCGGCGGCCAGCAGUUACGGUGUAAAUUGUAGAUUUUUAUUAUUUGUAUUUGUUCUGAUUUGUGUGUGUUCUUCUGGGUUAAACGUUCCGGCACAACUCCGUCCUGCGCGAUGCGAUUCCGGGAGAUCUCAACCGCUUGAGAUUUGUUUUAGUUUUCAAGGUUUUAUGUAGAUAUUGGUUCCGUAUUUGUUCACCGAAAGAAGCAGAAUCUACUGUAGUCUACACGCUAACUCCAAUGCAAUCGAUUAUUAAGCUAAACUAGUUUAUAAACAAACCGAAACUCACUUUUAAGACACAGCAGUAUGGUAUGUGUUAAGUGAAUUGCGUUGUGACUGCAAGGUUCUUUGUCAAUUGAAAAUAUCCGUGUAAUCGAUUAAACUUUAUACUAACAGUAUUUUAGUUUAACUAUUCCACUAUCUGCUGUUUGGUAGAGACACACACAAGAAGUGUAGCAAUUACUCGUGUGCCACGUCUGUGCUACAAUAACACCAUUACCAAUUAAUCUACCACAAAAUAGCAAACAAAAAUGUGAGUGUUUUCAUGACUGUGAGUAGGAAAUAUACAGGGCGUUCGAUCGAGACAAAAUUUCAAUUUUUGGUUCGAUCGAAUCCCCUGGGAAACUGUUACAAUUGCAAGCACCCACCCCACAUAUAUCAAAUCUAAUAACCAAAAUGAUAGAGCAAGUUGAUACACGGUGUUGUAGCGAAACUGUUCUCGUGCGCUAGGUCGUGCGAAUAAAAUAUUGCAAUUAUUUUAGAGAGCAAUGUGCAAAACACUAAGAUGUGCUUUGAAGGCCUUUCCAUCGGUUUUGUAAUUGUGUAGUUGGAAAAACUUUAAAUAA